GCUCUGGCUGGCAUGGGGAUCGAAGCGAUUGCUCAACUCUUGGACCAACUGGACGCCCUCGACGUCCUCUCCGGUCGAAUGCAAGAGUCUGCGGCGCGAGAUCCAAACCACAUGAGUUAUCUAAACCAGGCUGUGUCGAGGUAUGCGUACUUCCUCAAGCAGGACCAUUCGGGCGAUCGGGCAACGUACUACUCGUUCGUCCACCGGGUGCAUGCUGACAUCCGUGCUCGCGCAUCCAACAAAGGUGAUGUGAUCGCGUACUUGGCAAAAGAACGGUCUCAUUUGCUGAGCGCACUACAUCGUGCUCGUCAACGGUCCUCAGGGCAAUCAUCAGUACCUGAUCGCCAUCAUCACUUCAAGCCAUCGUUUGACGACGUGCCGCGCUACCACCACCCUCGCAGUGACGACAAGUACGGCAACUACGGUCUUCCACCGAGACGACCUGCCCUCGGGUCCUCGUACGGUUCCUCAUCGUCCUCGUUUGCGCAUGUAUCAUGCUUGUCGUAGUCUGUUGUGUCCAACCACUCCUCAUCCAUAUAUCUAUUGCAAAGGUCAGUUCUAAAUUAAAAUAUUACUUGGAUAAUCUCGGGA